AUGGCUGUUCGACGAUUACAACAAGAUUUUCGACAAAUAAUUAACAAUAAAGUCGAUGGAAUUGAUGCAAGUCCAUCAUCAGAUAAUAUUUAUAUUUGGAACGCAAUUAUAUGCGGACCAGAAGAUAGUAUAUAUGAAUCAGGUACAUUUCAACUUCAAUUACUUUUUCCAGAUGAUUAUCCACAUAGGCCACCACAAGUUCGAUUUAUAACAAAGAUUUUCCAUCCAAAUAUUUGGUCCGAUGAUGGACUUGUUUGUGUAGAUAUACUUAAAGAUGGUUGGUUACCAUCUUAUGAUAUUUUAGCAAUACUUCAUUCAAUUCGUUUACUUCUUAUUGAUCCGAAUCCACUUAGUCCAGCUAAUUUAGAAGCUGCUUUACUUUAUCGCAAUAAUCGAGUUGAAUAUGAUCGACGUGUGACACAAAUGAUUCAAGAAACACUCGAUAUAGAUGAUGACGAUGAUGAUGAUGACGGUAAUGGUCAAAUUGAAGACGGUGACACACUUCGACAAAAAUCGACUAUACUUCGUCAUAGUAUUACUGAAUGA